AUGACGGAACCCCUGCAGCAAGAGAAGAGGAACCAAAAAUCACCGAUCACGACGCUGCCCUUCCCACCAGUAACCCCUCAACAUAUCCUCAACACGUCCUUCCACUCAUGGUACCCGCGUUUCCGAUCCUUGACACCCAAAGCAAGACUGGUGCCCCUCUCGCAGCCGUUUCUGGACUAUCUGCGGGCUGACGGCAUCAUCCUGCCCCCCGAACACAAGUCCCCCGCAAGCGAUGCCGAAGACUCUGGCUACGACGACGAGGCCUCUGACGAUGCUGCAAGUGCCGACACAGAGGAGGAGGUCGACCCCUCUGAAAGCUGGCCCGAAGUGCACGACGCCAUCGCCACCACGAUCCGCGAACUAGGCGGCAAGGUGGUACCCAAGCUGAACUGGUCGGCGCCCAAGGACGCCACCUGGAUCGCCACCACAAAUGACAUGGAGUGUCGGACGCCCAACGACGUCUACUUGCUUCUCAAGUCCAGCGACUUUAUCACGCACGACCUGGAGCACGCCUUUGAUGGGUGCAGCGUGGCUGGGGCGGUGGCGGACUGCCCCCUCCGCGAUUCAGCUACCAGCGGCGACUCCGUCCCCGUCCCCAUCCCCAGCGUGCCUUACCACUUGGUCCUGCGCAAGGCGUUCAACCUCAACCCGAGCCUAGAAUUCCGGUGCUUUGUGCGCCAAGGCCGCGUGAUUGCCAUCUCCCAGCGCGAGAUGAACCAUUUUGACUUUCUCUUCGAGUUGCGUGAUCGGUUCGGCGCGUUGAUUCGCGACUUUGUCGAGGACAGGUUGGUUCGCGGGUUUCCGGACGAUAAUUUCGUGGCAGACGUGUAUAUCCCACCGCCGCAUGAGAAGGUGUGGUUGAUCGACGUGAACCCGUGGGCGCCGAGGACCGAUCCACUCCUGUUUUCGUGGUUGGAGUUGUUGAUGCUGGAAGUGCCAGAGGCGCAGCCACAGACAGCGACGCAGCCAGAAGCAGGUGGCGCAGAUGGUCGCGAGGAGCUCGUCAGACUGACGAUCCAGUCUCAGGCGACGUGUCGAGCUUUUGCGGAACAGCAGCAGGAGCAGGAGACAGAGGGCGAUCUAGACGACGAAUCGAGCACCGGAUCGGAAGCAGAUGACGAUGUCGAAACAAUCUUCGUCCCCGAGUUCCGCCUCGUCAACCGCGACGACCCGGAGGCAUACCAGUUCUCGGCGACAAAGUACUCGGCGCAUAAACUGCCCAAGGACGUCGUAGACGCGAGCCUCGCCCCAGGAGGCAUGAAGGACAUGAUGGACGAGUGGAAGAGGGUCAUGGAGAGACAGCAGCAGGCGAGUGAUACAGAUACGGACACGGACACGGAUGAUGAUCGAUGA